GCGCUGGAUUAGUGCGCGCAUGCCUGUAAUAGCACUGAAGAUCAGCUUCCAACGGCUGCACAGUAGACGAAGACAUUGGCAGGUCUGCUAGGAGAGCGGUAAGGGGAGCACAGUCUGACGUGACGGUCAGGACAACGAUAAAGGAAUGGUGCAGCGAGACUCCAGCAUAGCAGUGUGUGAGGCGCUGCAGGGUCCCAGGUAUUUAUUGGCGAUCAUAUAUAGCUACAGCAUAGCCUUUGACGAAACAGAGAAGGCAACGAGGGAUCAACACGCAGGGCCGUCGUGAGACGGGCAAGGUGUGCAGCGAUCCGUCGUCUAUUAACGGUCAACCGGGUAAAGCUUGCCAGUAUGGCGAUGAAGUCGCCGAUGGAACCCGUGGAGCGGUUUGCGGUGUUUGGCUGUGUGCCGUCGUGGCAUCGGUCUAUCGCUGCAGCUUGUACAGAGGAUUGUGUAGGGGCGCCUGUAGACUGUAGAGCGGUCGGUUGCUUGCUGGCGCUGUGUGUCGAGCAUCCGCAGCUCCUCAGGCAGGGGCAAGAUUGGCAGCCUUUUCUUGGGACGGGUUUGCCAUAUUUGAUUGGUACCAAGGCUGAGCGGCACACCGGAUAUACGGUUGGUGGUGACGUUUUGGUGCAACUAGGGCUGGACGAUCCUGCAUCGUUUUCAGUGGAGCAUAGGGACUCGCGACGUCAUGCUCCCUCAGCCUCCUCAUGGGAGGGAGCUGGGGAUGGAGGCGUGGCAUAAUGGAGACACCAGGUGAACAAAGCUGUGCCCGCCUCCAACCGUGUCAUUGUCAUUGC